GUUUAGAAAAUGCGUCCAGCUUGAUUCGGACCAGAGAAGAAGAAGAGGAGGAGAAGAGGAGGGAGACGGCGGGCGCUUGCCGUUACCGAGUCGUUGUUACAUCCCGUUACCGCACGUGAGGGACGUUCAGGUGGGAUAGUUUCCUCCAGAGGCUUCACCUCUUCUCUUCCAGCCAUUGUUGUCCAUCGAAGAUCAGAAAGGAGGGGCCACCUCACAGCCUCCACCCAGGUGAUGCUGAGCAGGGUCUCCAUGGUGACGGAUGCAGGCAGCAUUAAACGCGACCUUCUGUCAGUGGCCUGAGCAGCAAGAGGAGCCUUUCAGACCGACCCAGCCUAACCAGCCCCCGCCGGUCUUCUGUGCAUGAGCCGGCGAUGGAUCUCCUCUGGGUUCUCUCUGUGUCCAUGCUGACUGCAUGUGUGGCCAUCCCCAUGGACACGGCGGCAGGGAGCCACAGCCUGUUCACCUGUGAGCCCAUCACCCUGCGCAUGUGCCAGGGGCUCUCGUACAACUCCACCUUCAUGCCCAACGUGCUGAACCACUACGACCAGCAGACGGCCGCUCUCGCCAUGGAGCCGUUCCAUCCCAUGGUGAACCUGCGGUGCUCCCCAGAGCUGAGGAUGUUCCUGUGUGCCCUCUACGCCCCGGUGUGCAUGGAGUACGGCCGCGUGACUCUGCCCUGCCGCCGCCUGUGUCUGCAGGCUCGGAGCGACUGCUACAAGCUGAUGGAGAUGUUUGGUGUUGUGUGGCCAGAGGAGAUGAACUGCGACAGGUUGGUACAGCAGCAGUCCUCCACCCUUCUGCUGGAGGAGGGACACAGCAGCCUGAGACAUCUCCAAACCUCUGUAGAGUCAAUCAGACCCAAAACCGUCAUGAAUCUAAACCCUGACCCACCGUAGAGCAGCCAUGACGGC